CUUUUGAUUUUUCAACACCAAAGAGCUACUAAAUGUAAUCUAAUAGACGCUAUUCCUAACAAUUGAUUAUGAAAAAUUCUUAUUGAAGUCAUUUAUUUGGUAGUUCGUCAUCAGGGUGUUAGAUUUUACGUAAGCAGCUGCGUAUAAUAGUAGUUUUUAUGGAGUCAUGUUUAUUUCAUCGUUCGGCAUAUCAGGGUCGAGCUAUGAUUAUGAUGGUGUGAGCAAGUGAGGCAGUAUUAAGACAACAUAGUUUUGUGUAGUUACUUGUAUUUGCGUAAACAUGGCUUCUCUGGACUUCGAUGAUGACCCUGGCCUACAUCGUCUUGAGGGAGCAAGUGGUCAGGAGCAAGGUGGCCUUGUGAUUAUGAAGAAAAAACCUUUAGGCGAUGGUCAUUUGUUCAGAAAACCCGAUGUACCUAAGGUCUCAUUGCUUGGACUUGAUAAACUUGCUGCGUCAAAAAGACAGUCCGAUGUCACUGACGGCAGUGCAACGCCUAAGCGGUCGAAAGUAUCUUCAUACAAAAAUGAUGACGACGAUGAAGUUGAAGAAGAGAAGGACAAUAAAAAUUUUUACAGCAGUAAUGAGAGGCACUAUCGACCACAAAGAAUUGAAACACCCUCACAUCCUGGAGGUGUCACUGCAGAAGCCAGAGAAAGGAUGUCAAAACAUCAUCGUGAUAGGGAGCGUGGUGUCUAUGUGUCUUCAAAAGACAGAGACAGAGACAGAGAAAGAGAUUACAAGAGGGAUGGAGAUAAACAUCGUAAUAGAGAUAGAGACAGAGACAGAGACAGAGACUACAGGAGAAGUAGAGAAGGUAGUGAGAGGAAAAGUCAUAGAAGGUAUGAUGAAAAAAGUUCUAGGAGCGGAGAUAGAUCUGAACGAAAAGAUUCAGAACGAGGCUCUAGGGACUGGGAGGAAACUCCAAACCGAAUAUCAAGGGAAGAAAUAACCACACCUAAGCUUGGAAUUAAAGACACACCAUCGAGAUCCUCUUGGGAUGAAGAUGAUGUUACUCCUCCAAAGAAAUCUAGCUGGGAUCUUCCAACACCCCUAAGACCAGAUGAAGAAAAAGAUAACUGGAGUGAUCGUAGCUCUGACAGUCGUCAUUCAACACGGGAUAAAGACUCUGUGCGAUCUCAGUUUAGUGAUAGAAGAUCCAGGACAAGGAAACAAAAUGAUUACACACCACAGGCUACUCCAACCUACAAGUACAAUGAAUGGAUGAACAACAGAAAGAAAAUACUAUACACACCUAAGGACCCCUUAGAUAAAGAAAAAGAGAACAUAGAUGAAAUGUCGGAAGAAGAACGUUUGCAGUGGGAAGAAGAGCAGAAGCGCUUAGAUCGUGAGUGGUACAGCAUGGAUCAGGGCUAUGAUGAUACAAACAAUCCCUUUGCUGGCACAUCGGAGGCCUACACGAAGAAGAAGGAAGAAGAGUUCGAACAGAAAAAAAAGAAACGCAUGAGUGCCCAGCAAAGACAGAUCAAUAAGGAUAAUGAAAUGUGGGAGACCAAUCGCAUGGUCCGGAGUGGCGUUGUUGCAAAGACCAACUUUGAUGAUGAUUUUGAUGAUGACAAUGUGGCCAGAGUCCACUUGCUUGUCCACAACAUUGUUCCUCCCUUUCUGGAUGGUCGGAUUGUCUUCACUAAACAGCCAGAACCCAUUGUUCCAAUUAAGGAUCCCACGUCGGACAUGGCCAUAGUUUCAAGAAAGGGUAGUGCAGCAGUGCGGGUGCACCGAGAGCAGGCAGAGAGAAAAAAGGCCCAGUCCAAACACUGGGAGCUAGCAGGAACACGCUUGGGAAACCUGCUAGGUGUGAAAAAGACUGAUGAGACUUCAGUAUUUCCUUCACCAGGAAGACACAGAAGAGAUGAAGAUUUGAAAAAGGAGCAAAGGUUCUCUGAAGUGAUGUCAGAGAAGACGGAAGCUGUGAGUGAGUUUGCUAAGCGUCGGUCCUUAACUCAGCAGCGUCAGUACCUACCUAUCUUUGCUGUCAGAAAUGAGCUACUGAGUAUUAUCAGAGACAACAACAUCAUUGUAAUUGUUGGAGAGACGGGUUCAGGAAAAACUACGCAGCUUACACAGUAUCUUCAUGAAGAUGGCUACACCAAAUAUGGGAUGGUCGGCUGCACCCAGCCUCGUCGUGUGGCAGCCAUGUCAGUGGCCAAGCGUGUGUCAGAGGAAAUGAAUGUAAACCUUGGGGAAGAAGUUGGCUAUGCUAUUCGAUUUGAGGAUUGUACCUCAGAGAAAACAGUUAUCAAGUACAUGACUGAUGGAAUCUUGCUACGAGAGAGUCUGCGAGAGUCUGAUUUAGACAACUAUAGUGCCAUCAUCAUGGAUGAGGCUCACGAGCGUUCCCUCAACACGGAUGUACUUUUUGGCCUGCUCAGAAAUGUUGUUGCACGAAGGCUGGACCUUAAGCUGAUCGUGACCUCAGCAACCAUGGAUGCAACUAAAUUUGCCACAUUCUUUGGUAAUGUUCCCAUUUUCACCAUCCCCGGUCGGACGUUUCCUGUUGAUGUGCUGUAUGCCAAAAACCCAGUGGAGGACUACGUGGAGGCAGCAGUCAAACAAGCUCUACAGAUUCACUUGCAAGGCCAAGAAGGAGACUUGCUGAUUUUCAUGCCUGGGCAAGAAGACAUCGAGGUUACAUGUGAACUUAUAUCAGAGCGCCUAGACGAACUGGAUGAGGCGCCACCAUUGGCUAUACUUCCCAUCUACUCUCAGCUUCCCAGUGACUUGCAGGCCAAGAUCUUCCAGAAAGCUCCAGAUGGUAUCAGAAAAUGUGUGGUGGCCACAAAUAUUGCAGAAACAUCUCUUACAGUGGAUGGAAUCCAGUUUGUAAUUGAUUCUGGUUACUGUAAAUUGAAAGUUUUCAAUCCAAAAAUUGGUAUGGAUGCUUUGCAGAUAUUUCCAAUUAGCCAGGCAAAUGCUAAUCAGCGAUCUGGAAGAGCAGGCAGGACAGGACCUGGUCAGGCUUAUCGGCUGUAUACACACCGUCAGUACAAAGAUGAGUUGCUGACAACAACGGUGCCUGAAAUCCAAAGAACAAACUUGGCAAAUGUUGUUCUCCUUCUUAAAUCGCUUGGUGUUGUUGACCUGUUGUCAUUUCAUUUCAUGGAUCCACCUCCACAGGACAACAUUAUGAACUCGAUGUAUCAGCUUUGGGUAUUGGGAGCCUUAGACAACACUGGAGCAUUGACACCUCUUGGACGCAGCAUGGUUGAGUUUCCGCUGGACCCUGCUCUUUCCAAAAUGCUUAUAGUAUCUGUGGAUAUGGGCUGCAGCGCAGAUGUGCUGACGAUUGUAUCAAUGCUGUCAGUGCCAGCCAUCUUCUUCCGGCCCAAGGGACGGGAGGAGGACUCGGACGCGGCUCGUGAGAAGUUCAUGGUACCCGAGUCUGACCACCUCACAUAUCUCAAUGUCUACCAGCAGUGGAAGAGAAACGGGUAUUCGUCCAGCUGGUGCACGCAACACUUCAUCCACGUCAAGGCCAUGAGGAAGGUGCGUGAGGUACAACAGCAGCUGCGGGAGAUCGUGGAGCAGCAGAAGAUGGCGCUGGUGUCGUGCGGCAGCGAGUGGGACAUCAUUCGCAAGUGCAUCUGCUCUGCCUACUUCCACCAAGCCGCCAGACUCAAGGGGCUGGGGGAGUACGUGAACACCCGGACAGGCAUGCCUUGCCACCUGCACCCGACCAGCGCACUGUUUGGUAUGGGCUUCACCCCGGACUACAUCGUCUACCACGAGCUGGUCAUGACCUCCAAGGAAUACAUGCAGUGUGUGACAGCCGUGGACGGCCAGUGGCUGGCAGAGCUGGGGCCUAUGUUCUACAGCAUCAAGGACGCCAACAAGACGCGCCAGGAGCGGCGGCAGCAGGCGGAGAAGGACCUGACGGCCAUGGAGGAGGAGAUGAAGAGAGCAGAGGAGCUGCUAAGGGCACGUAAGGAGCAGGCACAGGCUGCAGCCACCCCCGCCUCCGCUCGACAGUUAAUUGCCACACCUGGGAGACGCGAGCCAGGUACACCGUCAUCAACACCACGCCGUUCGCCAAAGUUUGGACUGUAGCCUGAAGUGUGAAGCCUGUAGCCACCAGUCUGUAACAUGUAGUCUCGCUUCCUACUACAUCUAUUAUGAGCAGCUGGGAACAGGGCAUUCCAAGAGCCGCCAGUAUGUUAAGGUCUGCGACUAAUGCCUCACAUUUCCUUGUUCACAUCUGACAGACCUGCUGUAUUGCGGAUUUUUUUUAAAGAGAAGUGAGAGUCUCUUGUGAAGAACUCUUCGCGGAGAAGCGGUGAAUGAUACGUUGUUAUAGAGACUGGCUGUUAGGUGUACUGAUCAGUGGCUGGUUGUUGGGGGUGAAGAGGAGUUGCACUGUUGAAAUUUAUCAAGUUGGGACAGAAGCUGAAAAGUCAUUCAUUAAAAAUUUAUUUGACCAGAGCAUUUUCUCAGGAGGCGCUCAUGCAGAAAUCGUUGGGAAAUGGUGAGCGUGAAGUCUGUGUGUGAAUGGAAGACUCUGGUUUUGUCAAAAACUGCGUUGGCUGUCGACCUACGGCGAUGGUGAGAAUCUCAGGGUUCAGGUCACCGAGCAUGACCCCCAAGUCAACUGGCUCCACAGUGAUGAGGGAGAUUGUCAAGCUCGUGCCGGUGGACGGCCUGAUAAGAAGCCUGCAGCUGAGGUCCAGGUCUAACUGCAGCACUAGGCAACUAGACACAAACACCCUGCGGGCACCCGAGGGUUUGGUCAGGGUAGAACUGUGUUUUAAAAUGCAUUUAAUGGUUUUCCAUGACCUUCCAUGUUUUCUACAUGUGUUCGUUUGCUUGUUGCUUAUCACAUGCAUUUGAUAAAAAGUGUGUACUGUUAAAAACACACCUCUGAAUAAAUUUGUUGUUAGAAGCCCUGAGGAGGUUAAGGUGACGAUAUGUUGAAAUAAAAGCACUGAAUUUAAGGGACAA